AUGGUCAAAUUCGCAACCAUUCAAAAUCAAACCCGUGAUGGUAGACUUGUCAUGGUCAAUCGUGAAGGUACUCGCUUCGAAUAUGUUCCACAAGAGAUUUGUACCACCUUGCAACAAUUAAUGGAUUCAUGGGAUGAAUUGUAUCCCCGUAUUGAAAAAUUAUAUUCUGAAUUGUUGAAAGAUCCUCAUCAUUUAUUUAAACAUGAAAUUAUCCCUGAACAAACACAAUUCAUGGCACCACUCCCUCGUGCCUAUGAAUGGAUUGAUGGUAGUGCCUAUAUCAAUCAUAUUGUGUUGGUGAGAAAGGCUCGUAAUGCUCCACUUCCAGAAACGCUCCGCACAGAUCCAUUAGUCUAUCAGGGUGGAAGUGGUACUUUUUUGGGUCCUCAUUCUCAAAUUGAACACUUCUCUGAAGAGUAUGGCAUUGAUUUUGAAGGUGAAGUCGCAGUAAUCACUAGCGAUGUUCCAAUGGGAACUCGAAAAGAAGAUGCCCACAAAUACAUCAAAUUAGUCAUGAUUUGUAAUGAUGUGUCAUUGAGAAAUCUCAUUCCAAAAGAAUUGGAGAAACAAUUUGGAUUCUUUGUGAGUAAGCCUUCGACUUCAUUCUCACCUUUUGCAGUCACUUUGGAUGAAUUACAAAAAGAUGAUUUAUGGAAAGAUGGUCGUUGUUAUGGAGAUUUAAUUUCUCAUUUAAAUGGAAAGUUAUUUGGAAAUCCAAAUGCAGGUCCUGAAAUGUUCUUUUCCUUUUAUGAUUUAAUUCAACACGUGACUCAAACACGUGCACUCACUGCUGGUACAAUUAUUGGAUCUGGUACAGUGAGUAAUGAAGAUCAAUCACGUGGAUCAUCAUGUAUUGCUGAAAAGAGAAUGAUUGAAAAAAUUGAGAGUGGAGAAUUCAAAACACCAUUCAUGAAAUUUGGAGAUGAAAUUGAAUUGGAAAUGUUUGACAAACAAGGAGUAUCUAUUUUUGGUAAAAUCAAACAAAAAGUAGUUCAAAAGCAAAAAUAA